CGUUGGAAGCCUGAGAUAUGGUUAAACUGCAGUCCUCUUGGGAGUAAAUCCCAUAGAAAUCAGGACGAUUAACUUCCGAGCAAAGACGCAGGAUCUCGGGCCAAAAGACGCACCUGGGUUGGGAUCCCUCCAAUCCAUACUGGAAAAUCAGCUUUCCUUGAAAGUCCACUGUUUGUCCUACAAGAGCGGAAUGCCCUACAUUCCAGUCUUAUUCCCCACCCCCUUAUUUUGAAGCAAGCCCCGUCGAUUGACAGGCAGCUCUCAGAGAGGAGGGGUGGCACAGGCAGACGGACAAGAUCGCCUCUCUCGUGGCGCCUGUAUUGGGCGCUGCCUCCAGUUUUUCUCACGCCGUCCCUCGACUGGUUUCCAGCCCCUCCUUCUCCGUUUAGCCAGCCCUGGGCCCGGGGCAGGGAGGCUGGGCAAAGAUUUUAGGCGCUAUAAGGCUCCAGAGAAGGAGAGAGGCAGCCCCCGUCGCUCGGAAAGCCAAUUCUGGGCGGGGACUGGACACCUGCACUGCGUCCGCCUCGCCUUGCUGCCUCCCCGCCUGCGCUAUGAGCGCCAGCGAUCUACAGCGGCGGCAGCAGCAAGCACGACCCGCUCCCCGGUCGCCCCCGACGGCUGCCGGCAGCCCUUUGGCUCCUUGGUCGCGGAGCAGCCGCGGCAGCGCCCGAGAGUCGCCCGCCAUGGCCGUCUACUGCAGCGAGGCCUUCAGUGUUUACCCACAGACGGCCGCUGGAGCUGCGGGCCCGUCGGGGCAGAGACCAUCAGCCGCUGCCUACGCCCUGGGCGACUACGCGCCGCCGCCGGGCGCCGCUGGCUACCUCUGGGGGGUGAGCAGCGCCGGGCCCUACGUGCAAAGCGGCGGCGGCGGCGGGGCCCCCGGGGGCUCGGGUGCGCCUUUUCUGCCCUACGGCUGCCCGCCGCGGGGCGUCGGGGGCGCGCAACUCUUGAGCUCCUCCGGGGCCUCGUCUGGCUCCGGGGCCACUUCGGAGCUGGGCUGGCUGAGCCUGGCGAGCCAGGAGGAACUGCUGCGCCUGGUGCGCCCGCCUUACUCGUACUCGGCGCUCAUCGCCAUGGCCAUCCAGAGCGCGCCGGAGCGCAAACUGACGCUCAGCCACAUCUACCAGUACGUGGCCGAGAACUUUCCCUUCUACAAGCGCAGCAAGGCCGGCUGGCAGAACUCGAUCCGCCACAACCUCAGCCUCAACGACUGCUUCCGCAAGGUGCCCCGCGACGAGGACGACCCUGGAAAGGGAAACUACUGGACCUUGGACCCAAACUGUGAGAAAAUGUUUGACAAUGGGAAUUUCCGACGCAAGCGCAAGAGGCGCUCUGAUCCCAAUGCCUCUACAGUGGCAACCCCAGUUUCUGCCUUAGGGAUUCUGAAGACAGAAGAAGGCCACCCCAUCUCUUUAGUUCCAGGAAAGCCAUGUGGUGAAAGUCCCUCCUCUGAGCUGGAGCCGAUGGCCUCCAUCAGAGCCAAAAGCGCCUCUCCGCCUGUGAUCGUCUCGCCUACAGCUGGCUGCCUCAGCACCUUCUUCAGUGGCAUGAACUCACUAAGCAAUGGAGGCCGCCUACCAGGGAGCCUCAACAGCGAGCUGCAUCACAGAAACCUCCCUGCCGGGGCGCUAAGUGGCAGCAGCUUCACCCAGGAAGUUCCUCCCGCAGAGCAGCUGCAGCGAGUGUCAGGGCCUGCUGGCUCCUACUACAGCCCCUUCCAUCCUGGCAGUGGGGGCCAGUCAGGCCAGUACAACCACUUAUACAACUUCACAGUCAAUAGCCUCAUCUAUGCCCGGGAGGGCACUGAAGUGUAGGGCAUUGGGCAGGUUGCCUCGGUCACACGAGGGAACAAGGCGGUCAGUUUUUUUAUUCAGCCUCCAGGAAGACCAUGCCUUUCUUUUUGAAAACAAACUUCAUGCAGGAACACCUAUAAUGCCCAGGAACAAAAACAUUUGAAAGAUGAUUUUUUUUUGGAGGGGGGGGGGGUUGGUUGUACAGCACAAGCUGGACUUAAAAGUAUUUUUUUUCUCCCUUACAUUUUGGAAGCAUGCCACCAAGUUCUGCAGAUGAGGGUUUGGACUGAGUGACUGAAAAAGAGUUCAGUGUUGAAAUUAAAUCUAAAUUUUUUAAAAAAUAGCUAGAAAGAGAACCAAAUAUAGAAAUAGCCAGGGAAGUGCUGCUUAUUGUCUGGGUUUUUUUUGUUUGUCUUUUGAGCCUCUGUUUACAAGUGCUGUGGUGUAAAAGAGACAGAUGAAGAGAUUUUACGAAGUGCCUUGAACCAUGUGAAAAAAAAAUCUAGUUGCCUUUGCCAUUAAUGAUCUAUUUCAAGCUUCUCUUGGAUCCCAAAGCUGACCCAACAGGUGCUUGAUACUCAUCACACCCAUCCACCCACGCUCCAUUUCUACAGGCACCGAAUAUAGGUUUAUUGAGCCCCUGGUGGGCUGGCAAACAAGCCUUGCUUUUGAAUUUAUGAGUCACAAGUGUAGGCCUUUCCUAGACCAGAUAGUGUGGUGGUGCCAUGGUCUACCUGACAAAAGUGCUGUGCACUUCAUGCAAGCUUAGCAGCCUUACCACAUGCCGUAUUUUGGAGUCAAGACUACUAGCACAUUUCUGUGGAAUUAAGUUUCACUGAAAUCAGCGGGGCUGGAACUGGUAGAAAAGUCAUGCGGUAUGGUCCUCCUGAAACUGCUGCUGCAGAGAGCUUGGGGGGAGGGGCUCACAUCUGCAUCUCUACAAUGACAAAAGCUCUCUGCAUAUGGAAAACCAACAUGCUCCAGAGAAGGGUUCUGCUGUGCUUUUUCUACUGUGCAUGCAAGCAUGCAGUUCCACCCCUGCAUUCUGAAGUGGUUCCAGUAGGUCUAGAAGAGGUGUGUGGUGUGACUAUUGCCUUGAUCAUUUUUGCUGAGCCCCUGCUUCCAUGUUGUGUGUUAAGACUUGGGUGUCAGGAUCAGGGACUCAUUUUUCUGGAGCAAUCACACGGAUGUAAGCUUAGUACCAAAGACAUAAAGUGUUUAGCCUUCCACUUUUAUCAGAACAAAGACCUUGGGUAUGCAGAUGUAGUAAAUACAUGACUUUUUAUAUAUAUACUUAUUGUUUUGUAAUACACCACUCUGUAAAUUUAUUUUUACAUGAGUCUUUAUUUGUAAAUUAUGAUCCUGAAACUGUACUUAUUUAUGAUGCUUUGGGAAAAAAUUAUGUUUGUCUUUGGUAGUUUAUUAAGGAAGUCUAGAA